AUGCGCUCCCUUUCCUUAUUGCCCAUGUUAAUGGGCUUGCUAAACACAGGACUAGCCCAGAAGCAAAAUGUUGAACUGAUAGAUCCAGUAAAUCGCUUCAAAGAUAUGGAUUUGUCACCUCCAGCCCAAGGUUUCCCUAUCUUGCAGACCAGCUUCGAUACGCGCCCAGACUGCGGCGAGGACAGCUACAGAGGAACGGGCCGCCUUCAAGGCCUCAAAGCUUUAAUAACGGGUGGAGACUCGGGAGUUGGAAGAUCAGUCGUCAUCGCAUUUCUCCGCGAGGGAGCUAAUGUGGCUAUCAACUAUCUUCCGGAGGAAGAGCCUGACGUGGACGACCUUGCCGAUUUCCUGAGCGGCGAAGGAUUAUCAUUCCAGCGCAUUCCUGGAGACUUACUAAACGAGACCUUCUGCACGGAGUUAGUCCACGAGGCGGCGGAUCGUCUUGGAGGGAUUGAUAUCAUGGUUCAAAAUGCGGCAUACUCCGGGAUCCUCUCAGGCUCAAAAUGGCAACCUAUCACGAAUCAGUCUACCGAACAACUCGAGCGGAUCUACCGCACCAACGUCUUCGCGAACUUCUUCCUGACCCGCGCGGCCGUGCCCCUACUACCGCGAGGUGGCAGUAUAAUCUUCACCACUUCCAAUAUCGUCAACUCACCAGACAGCAACGCGGUAGACUACGGCUCAAGCAAGGCUGCUAUUAGUUAUAUGAUCCGCAGCCUCUCAGGGCAGCUCGCACCUCGGGGAAUCAGGGUAAACGGCGUUGCCCCGGCCCUUAUCUAUACCCCUUUCUUGGCCAGCGCUGGCUUUACCUCGGAGGCAAUCGCCCAGGUUGCCGCGUCAAAUCCAUAUGGUCGUAUAGAGCAGCCGGGCGAGUUGGCACCGAUAUACGUCAGUCUGGCCGAUCCCUUGGAGACAUACACGAGCGGAAAUAUCUGGUCGGCUAGCGGUGGCGUGCCUGGGCCCGUCUAAAGAAUUUUAAUGGAUGGUUAAACUUAUAAUAUCUUAAGAGGGUGAUUCAAAUCAUGUUAGGGGUGAUACGUGAAUAAUAAUAUUUACCAAUAUAGAUACUAUACUCGAUAAGUAUAUCUAUCUACUUCUCGAGCUUCUACAUACGAUAGGUUCAAACUGUGAUGUUGUUAAAGUUCCAGCAGAUGAUGAUGGG